GAUAGUGCCCGGCUGGGUGAGGGGAGCCGGGCUGGUGCGCGGAGGUUGGGUGGGCGUCGCUGGUGGGCGGACCCCUGGGCGGGGCGCGGAGCGGCGCUGGCUGGAUUGCUGCAGGCGGAGCGCCUAGUCCCUGGCGGAGGAGGCGGGAGAGACCCGGCCAGGCUGCAGCUCCCGUCGGCCGGCUUAGUCCAGCUACGUCCUGCGGCCCCUUUUCCGGGCAGCCGGCCCUGGCCGCGCCCAGCCCCCUCCCGCCAUGCAGCCGGCGGGGCUCCGUGGGGCCGCGCCGCUAGCCGCUGUAACCCUGCUGCUGCUGGGGGCUCCCCUGGCAGUGCUAGCUGGUGAAGACUGCUUGUGGUAUCUGGAUCGGAAUGGCUCCUGGCAUCCGGGGUUUGACUGCGAGUUCUUCACCUUCUGCUGUGGGACCUGCUACCAGCGGUACUGCUGCAGGGACCUGACCUUGCUCAUCACCGAGAGGCAGCAGAAGCACUGCCUGGCCUUCAGUCCCAAGACCAUAGCAGGCAUCGCCUCUGCUGUAAUCCUCUUUGUUGCUGUGGUUGCCACCACCAUCUGCUGCUUCCUCUGUUCCUGUUGCUACCUGUACCGAAGGCGCCAGCAGCUCCAGAGCCCAUUUGAAGGCCAGGAGAUUCCAAUGACAGGUAUCCCAAUGCAGCCAGUAUACCCAUACCCCCCGGACCCUAAAGCUGGCCCUGCACCCCCACAGCCUGGCUUCAUGUACCCACCUAGUGGUCCUGCUCCCCAGUAUCCUCUCUACCCAGCUGGACCCCCAAUCUACAAUCCUGCAGCUCCUCCCCCCUAUAUGCCACCACAGCCCUCUUACCCAGGAGCCUGAAGAAACCAGUGUGGCUCUGCUGCCCCUUCCAUGAUGCCAUCUUUGGGAGAUGCCCCAUCCUGUACCUGCAACCUGGGGGUGGGCAGAGGUCUUCUAGUCACCAGGCCCCAGACCAAGCUGAGCCCUGGGCCCUGCUGGGGACAGAGCCCCAGAGAUGUGGAAUGGGAGCUUAGUUGGAACCAGGUCAUGACUGAAGGGUGGAUAGGGAGGGCUUGGGAUUCAUGGGCUGUUUUUACUGGGGAGCAGAGGAUAAGAUGAGAGCCUGGGUCACAGCCUCUGCUUUCAAGUAGUCAUUCUGCUCCCAGAAUCCCUACCAGAAAUGUGGGGCCCCUCCCAUUUGCCCACUUUGUGUUGAGGUUGGGACAGUGGGGGGGCUCCAUCAACAGCUGGCCACAGCCCUCCCCUCUGGCUGCCCCACUGGCCAGAGCUCUGGCCUGCCGAAUUAAAGCUGUAAUGAUGUAUCUUA